CCUCGAGGAGCGGCUGAAGGGCCUGAAGAAGGGUGCUGUGGGCGAUCGUGCAGAGUUCUGUACAACUCAGGUGGAAGAAGCAAUGGGCUUUGCUACUGGCCGUUACUUUGUCAAUGAGACAUUUGCUGGCGACUCCAAGGAAAAGGGCACGAGAAUAAUCAAUGGUCAAUGGAUGGACGAAAAAAGUGCUCAUGCCGCGGCGGAGAAGGCUGACGCGCUCCGCGUGAAAGUGGGCUAUCCGCUCUCCCCGAAUACUGAGGACCCUCGAUCGAUCGCCGUCUACUAUGAUCGCGUCACAGUGCACGAAGGUCGCUUCUUCGACAGUAUAAUUACCACAAGAGCGAACGAUGAAUACUGGAAGUGGCAGAAGCUCGGCAAACAACGAGAUCCCGAGACGUGGGAGAUGUUUGCAUCUACGGUCAAUGCUUACUACAACCCUCCUGCCAACGAGAUCGUGUUCCCAGCAGGAAUUCUUCAGCCUCCUUUCUUCUCUCAAGCUUGGCCCGGAUACAUGUCCUAUGGCUCAUUCGGGAUGGUUGCUGCUCAUGAGCUGACGCCAAUCGGUGACGCCAAAUACACCAUCGAUGACGGCAAAGGCGGGAAGAUCCAUAUCAAUGGCAACCUGACAUCUGGUGAGAACAUUGGCGACACGGGUAUCAUCCAGGCCUAUCGGGCGUGGAAGGUGCAGUACGACUUCGGGCUGGAGAAGGGCACUGAGCAGCUGCUACCUGGAUUGAAUUUCACUAGGCGAGCAGAUACUCGUCCUGGCAUUGAGAAAGGCAGGCUCAUGGAAAUACGUCACAUUCAGGGAGCAACUGGGUUGGGCGCGGAAUAUCAAAACAGAAUCUGCUAUCCUCAUUCAUCCAAUCAGUACCGAGUAGAUGGCACCGUGUACAACGUUCCUGAAUUUGCAGAAGCGUUCAAGUGUUCUGCGAGCGCAAAGCUGAACCCGCCGCAGGAGAAGAGAUGCUUGUUCUGCGUGAAUUUCGCAGCACGUGGCCUCCGAUCGUCUGCGGGCCGCAUGCGCGAAAUCUGCGACGACUUCACCUUCAGACUGCCGGCAUGCUUGCUUCACGCGUCCUGCGACACUAGAAAUUGGAGAGCUAUUGGCACUCCCAGUCCACUCGCUAUGCAUCGAGCACAACACCGCCUGUGUGUCAGGUGGUCCGUCCGCGCGGUGUCCACUGGUGCCAAUGUAAAUGGGAGCUACCGCGAGCUGUAUCUGAGAACCAGGAUCAGUCGUCAAGCUCUUCCGCCCCACGUCCCACAGUACCGCAAGGCCGGUCAUGGUCGCGACCUACACCACCAGAGACCCCUGCGGGGAUUGGACCAACUAUCGGGUACAUCAAGCAAGCCGGAUAGGUGGGCGCAGCAGAAGUCCCGUCAACCGCCCCGCGAAACGUCUACAUUUCCGAUAUCCCGCUUUCAGCGAAGUCCACCACCGCAUCGAGAAGAAGCACCACGUCGGGAUUGGGCACCACAUAAAGACGGAGGUGCUCGUAAGGAUGCUGCGCCUUACCGGGAUAACGGACGCCGCCAUCUGAGGAAGGAUCGCAUCGUCGCGGAAUUGGAGGCACCACAGGAGGAGGAAGAGGGCGAAGAUGAAGAGUUGACGGAAAGGGAUGAAACUAUCCGAGCGAGCGGAUCCAUUGAAGCGGUGGAGGAAAGCGCAAGUGAUGUUAUGGCUGAUGAGCUCGCUUUUCGUAGCCGAGGACGUGAUCCAAAACAGUUACGUCAAGACCACAAGGAGAGGGGUUCUAUUGUCGCCAGACUGAGAGCCGAGAAUGACCUCACAAUACCCAACAAGCACCGUGGCUCAUAUAAAGUGACAAGCAUGCAGGCGACGAAAGCGAAGGAGAAGAAAGCGAAAGCUGCCAAGGAUCUGAAGCCCGCAAAUGUCGACGUCUUCAUUCCCAGCGUCGUGUCUGUUGGAACUUUAGCCAAGUUGCUCAACAUCACGUUCGACAACCUUCUACGUACGAUGAUCAAAGUCAAAGUUGGCAUCGGUGCUGAAGCUUCUCAUGAUCACAUUCUGACGUCUGAGUAUGCAUCUCUACUUGCAUUGGAGUUCGGCCGUAAUCCUGUCGUAAAUGACGAAGCUGCAUCUAUCCUCCGUAUGUGA